GGAAGACUUGUUGCGAUCAGUGACCACUUCUUGGCACCGUGCUUCUUCACAAGCUCAACUACCUUUCGAUCCUCCUCCGCUGUCCAUGGACCUUUGAUCAAGGAUNAAGCUCCAGGUACGUUGCGCAACGCAGCAUGGCGUUCUUCUAAAGAGAUUAGAUGCACGGCGAUGCGGAACGCUGGUCCGUGUGUCUUUGUGUUAGUUGCAGGAUGCUUCGCGGUGGAAUGCCCAGCGAGAAUGAUACGACAGUCAUGACUCGCUUCGCUUCGUCUCGUCUCGUCUCGAUUGUUUGGGUCCCCUGGUUCCUUGCACCCAAACACUCACCCGUCUCGAAUGGCUUCUUUCACACAAACAAACAGACAUCGACACCGCUACCGGAUCGGUGGACUAUGCUCCGACGUUCAUCACCAUCCUCGAAAAGGCCGUCGAAACCGUCGAGGAACAACGGCUCGAGCACGCAAACGACGCCGAGAGCCUCAAGGCGCGCCGGGCCAUGAUCGCCGAUCGCGUCAGACACAACGUGCGGCCCGUCUCCAAAGAGAUCACCGAAACGGCCGGGAGCUUUACCCACACCAUGMACUCGGACGACGCCGUUGUGGAAGUGUGCGUCCGAGCCUCCAAUGCCGGGAAGGAAAAUCCGAUGAUGUUUCACCUGCGUGUGGAGGAACUGGAAGAAGACGUCSUCGACGCCUUUCAGCAAGAAAAGGCGAAAUUGCUGAACAGCCCACCGCUGGUGAACGUCGAGCACCACUGGUCCUUUAUGGAAACCCAGCUGAACCGAAUAGAUCACGAGAUGAAAACCAUCACAAGGGAGGCGGAUUUCUUUCGGGAGCGGGAUGCCCUGUACCACCAACAGACGGACGACCUCCACAAGGCAACCUUGUUUUGGCCGAUGCUCCACUGCUGCAUUCUUGCCCUGACGGGCUUUACACAGGCGAACCACAUUAUCAGUUUUUUCAAGCACCGACGGAUCAUAUAGAUCAUAUAGGAGGGCAGCACGGAAGUGUGAAACACAGAACAGUUGAGCACAGCACAGCAUGGCACAGCACAGCAUGGCACAGCACAGCAUGGCACAGCACGAACUAGCGCAGUGCUGAGUUGUAAUUCGAGUCACGGCAGUUGAAGCUAGAGUAGCUACAGGAGUACGAAGAAGUUAAUUUUUCAGAGGGACUAGACAAAAUCUAAGACAAAAUCUAAGAAUCGAUGGGACUGUGAUGGUAUAGUUUUUAGAUUUU